UUCGGAACCGACACGCUCCACUUUAACACAAAACAGAUUCAAUCAAUUCAACACUCUCUCCUCCUCCUCCAAGGCUCCGAUUCGCUUCAAUGAAGGAUGGAGACUCCUCCUUACCAUUAAGCACUUCUUCUUCUUCUUCCGCCGCGGCGGCUAAGAAGGAAACCGGUGGUUAUUCCGCUCUCUUCUCCAAAGGCCGAUACAAGUUUUGGGCCUUGGCUGCGAUUCUCUUACUCGCUUUCUGGUCUAUGCUCACCGGCACCGUCAACCUCCGUUGGUCUGCCGGUAACAUUAACCAUUUCACCGAAGAUCUUGUCUUCCCGAUUCCCGAGGAUCUCGAUGUUCUUGAAAUGGAGGAGAGGGAGAAAGUGGUGAAGCACAUGUGGGAUGUGUAUAACAAUGGCCGUCGUAUCAGGUUACCUAGGUUCUGGCAAGAGGCGUUCGAGGCUGCUUACGAGGAGCUUACCAGUGAUGUUCCUGAUGUCGUUGAAGCUGCUAUUUCCGAGAUCGUUCAGUUGGUGACCGAUCAGCAAACAAAUAAACCCAAAGGUUAUGCCUUCAUCGAGUACUUGCAUACACGUGAUAUGAAAGUUUGUGGUCUCUUAUAG